AUGGCGUUCAGCUUUGGAGCGCCAGCUCAGCAGCAGCAGCAGCCAGCGGCAGGGGGUAGCACUGGCGGCUUUUCGUUUGGCCAGCCUGCGGGGCAGCAGCAGUCGGGGACGUCGACUGGUGGGGGAUUCUCCUUUGGUGGCCAGCAGCAGCAACAGCAGCAGCAGCCGCCGAAUCAGCCGGGCCAACAACAGCAGCCCUCGACUGGCGGGUUCAGCUUUGGUCAGCCACAGCAGCAGCAGCAGCAGAACCAACAGCAACAACAGCCUCAGCCCCAGCAGCCGAGUGGUGGGCUCUUUGGGUCUAGCACGACGGGAGGUGCAAGUGGAUUUGGCAGCAGCACGAACGCAGGCGGGGGAGGCCUCUUUGGCCAGCAGCAGGCACAGUCGAAGCCUGCUUUCUCCUUUGGCGGCUCAACAACAACAACUCAACAACCUCAGCAGCAGCAGCAGCCAGGCCAGGCGGGCCAAGCGGGCCAGGCAGGCCAGCUUGGUCAAUCCCAAUUCGGCCAAUCUCAACUCGGCCAGUCCCAGUUCGGUGCCAGUCAAGCUCAGCAGUCCCAACAACAGCAACAACCUCAGCAAGACAAGAAGCUCGGUCAAUCUCUCACUUCAAAAAUGGAAGCCAUCCGCCAGGCGUGGGAUACCAACAACUUGCAGACUUGUCGCUUUAUGACCUACUUCUACAACUCCCUUCCCCCUGGCGUUCUACCCCCAACCGGCCCAACCGGAGCAGGCGGGGGAGGUCCCUUCGACUCGAACCCAAACUUCGGGCGACGCCAAGACGCCGUAGGGCCCUACCACGACGCUCUCUGGCAGUCUGCCGUAACUUCCAAUCCUGACCCUACUGCGCUCGUCCCUGUACUCGCUGUAGGCUUUCCCGACCUCAAAGCGCGCGUAGAAGGACAGGAGAAGGAGGCUGCGAGGCAGUUGGAGCACCUGGCGCAAUUGAGGGGGAGGAUCGAAGCUGCGGAAAGACGGGAGACGUUGAGCGAUAGCGUUAGAGCCAAGGCGGCGCUCAAGCGACAGCAGGGCUUGCAUCAUCGCAUAAUGGGUAUCGCGAGGAAAAGCCACGUCCUCGUACCUCCUCCCGCGGGUCAGUCCUCCGCAAGUGCGUCGUUGAGCGCCUCGAGAGGCGGAGCAGGAGGGGCGGGUAGCAUAACAAAGGAGGAAGAAGCACUUCGCACCCGUCUAGAAGCCUGCGAGGCAGACCUGGAGCAAGCCUUAUCUGGCUCCGCCUCCUCUGCCGGUAGCUCCUCGUCAAGCGCCACCAAACUCAAGUCCCGCAUAAACGAUCUCUGGACCACCCUCGCAACCAUCAAAGCGCAGCGCACAGCUCUGGAGCGCAGCGGGCGUCGUCCCGGUGGGGUGGAGUGGGCCGUCGUGGACCCCAAGGGGGUGGAAGAUGUCGCGGGGAUAUUGGCACAGCAGCAGGCUGGGCUCAAUCAUCUUGUGGCGACGUUAGAGGAGGAUGCGAGGGCGCUGGAUACUGUCUGUCGUGGGUUGAAGGGGGUGGAGUUGGUUGGGGUGGAGGGGCAGAGACGAGGGGCGAGAUGA